AUGCUGGACGGCGCGUACCAGCAGGAUCCGUACCAACAGCAACAUCAACAACAACCUCCGCAACAGGGGCAGGAGUACUACCAGCAGUACGACGACUACGGUCAACCCAUAAACAAUGGGUUCUACGAUCAAACGGACUCGUACUCCCAGGACUACUACAAUGGCAACAACGGUAACAUGCCAGGCCAACCACCCAUGAUGAUGGGUGAUAACGGCGAGAAUUUCUCGGAUUUCAGCUCGUAUGGACCACCAAGGAACGGUCCCGUGCCAGACGCUAACGGUAUGUACCCUCCACCUGGGUCCAUGUACCAGGACCAACAGUACCCACCUUCGCAGCUCAGCUACGGUGACAACGCGAACGCGUUCCAGUCCUCCUCCGGUGCGUCCACGCCAGCGAUGUACGAUCCAAACGCGAUAGCUAUGGCGCUACCUAACGAUCCGUACCCUGCUUGGACCGCAGACUCCCAGGCACCAGUCACCGUCGAGCAAAUCGAGGAUAUCUUCAUCGAUUUGACAACGAGGUUCGGGUUCCAGAGAGACUCGAUGAGAAACAUGUUCGACCAUUUCAUGACUCUCUUGGACUCUCGUUCCUCCAGAAUGUCCCCAGAACAGGCGCUUCUUUCCUUGCACGCGGACUACAUUGGUGGGGAUACCGCUAACUACAAGAAAUGGUACUUCGCCGCGCAAUUGGACUUGGAUGACGCUGUCGGGUUCAGAAACAUGUCUUUUGGGAAACUGUCCCGUAAGGCAAGAAAGGCCAAGAAGAAGGCCAAGAAGGCGAUGAAGGAGGCCAUGGAGAACGGGGAGAACACAGAGGAGACUCUGGAGAAACUAGAGGGCGAUAACUCGCUGGAGGCUGCAGACUUCAGGUGGAAGGCGAAGAUGAACUCCUUGACACCAAUGGAGAGAGUCCGCCACAUCGCGCUGUACUUGCUGAUGUGGGGGGAGGCCAACCAGGUCAGAUUCACCUCCGAGUGUCUGUGCUUCAUUUUCAAGUGUGGGUUGGACUACAUCGACUCGCCGUUGGCGCAGCAACGUACGGACCCAUUGCCCGAAGGUGAUUUCCUGAACAGAAUCAUCACUCCAUUGUACUCGUUCAUAAGAGAUCAAGUCUACGAGGUUGUCGAUGGCAGAUUCGUCAAGAGAGAGAAAGACCAUGCAGAUGUCAUCGGGUACGAUGACGUCAACCAACUGUUCUGGUACCCAGAAGGUAUUGCCAGAAUCGUCUCCACGGAUGAAACGAAAUUGAUCGAUUUGCCAGCAGAGGAAAGAUACAUGAGACUGGGCGAUAUAGUCUGGGGCGAUGUGUUCUUCAAGACUUUCAAGGAAACACGUUCUUGGCUCCACAUGAUCACCAACUUCAACCGUAUCUGGGUCAUGCACAUCUGUAUCUACUGGAUGUACGUUGCCUACAACGCUCCAACUUUCUACACGCACAACUACCAACAACUGGUCGACAACCAGCCUUUAGCUGCUUAUAGAUGGUCCACAGCCGCACUAGGUGGUAGUGUGGCCGCAUUCAUCCAAUUGGUCGCCACCGUCUGUGAAUGGAUUUUCGUCCCCAGGAAAUGGGCUGGUGCACAACAUUUGUCCCGUAGAUUCUGGUUUUUGGUCGGUAUCUUUGGUGUCAAUUUGGGCCCGAUCAUCUUCGUAUUUGCAUAUGAUAAGGACACCGUUUACUCGACGGCAACUCACGCGGUCGGUGCAGUCAUGUUCUUCGUCGCUGUCGCCACUAUCAUUUUCUUCUCCAUCAUGCCUCUAGGCGGGUUAUUCACCUCCUACAUGCAGAAAUCGUCCAGACGCUACGUGGCUUCUCAAACAUUCACGGCGUCGUUUGCCCCCCUGUACGGGUUGGACAGAUGGUUGUCGUAUUUGGUAUGGGUGACAGUGUUUGCCGCUAAAUACUCCGAAUCUUACUACUUUUUGAUUCUGUCGUUGAGAGAUCCAAUCAGAAUCCUGUCAACCAUGACCAUGAGAUGUACCGGUGAGUACUGGUGGGGGGCAAAGAUUUGUAAGCAUCAAGGUAAGAUCACUUUGGGGUUGAUGAUUGCUACCGAUUUCAUCCUGUUCUUCUUGGAUACUUACUUGUGGUACAUUAUCGUGAACACGAUCUUCUCCGUUGGUAAGUCGUUCUACUUGGGUAUCUCGAUUUUGACUCCAUGGAGAAACAUUUUCACUAGAUUGCCAAAGAGAAUCUACUCCAAGAUCCUGGCUACCACUGAUAUGGAAAUCAAGUACAAGCCUAAGGUGUUGAUCUCACAAGUUUGGAACGCUAUCGUUAUCUCCAUGUACAGAGAGCAUUUACUCGCUAUCGACCAUGUGCAAAAACUGUUGUAUCAUCAGGUGCCAUCGGAGAUUGAGGGCAAGAGAACUUUGAGAGCCCCAACUUUCUUCGCUUCACAAGAUGACAACAACUUUGAAACGGAAUUUUUCCCAAAGAAUUCGGAGGCAGAAAGAAGAAUCUCCUUCUUUGCCCAGUCUUUGGCUACCCCUAUCCCUGAACCUCUACCUGUUGACAACAUGCCUACCUUCACUGUAUUGACUCCUCACUACGCUGAAAGAAUUCUUCUUUCUUUGAGGGAGAUUAUCCGUGAAGACGAUCAAUUCUCCAGAGUUACUCUACUAGAAUACUUGAAACAAUUGCACCCAGUCGAAUGGGAGUGUUUUGUUAAGGACACGAAGAUUUUAGCCGAAGAAACUGCCGCUUACGAUAACAGUGACGAAAAUGAUUUUGAAAAGGGUGACACUUUGAAAGCCCAAAUCGAUGACUUGCCAUUUUACUGUAUUGGUUUCAAAUCUGCUGCUCCUGAAUACACUCUGAGAACCCGUAUCUGGGCCUCUUUGAGAUCCCAAACUUUGUACCGUACAGUCUCUGGUUUCAUGAACUACUCAAGAGCUAUUAAGUUGCUGUACCGUGUUGAAAACCCUGAAAUUGUUCAAAUGUUUGGUGGUAACGCUGAAGGUUUAGAAAGAGAAUUGGAAAAGAUGGCCAGAAGAAAGUUCAAGUUCUUGGUUUCUAUGCAAAGAUUGGCCAAAUUCAAACCUCACGAAUUGGAAAAUGCUGAAUUUUUGUUGAGAGCGUACCCUGACCUGCAAAUUGCCUACCUGGAUGAAGAACCUCCUCUACACGAAGGCGAGCAACCUAGAAUCUACUCCGCUUUGAUCGAUGGCCACUGUGAAAUUUUGGACAAUGGUCGUAGACGUCCUAAGUUUAGAGUACAAUUGUCUGGUAACCCUAUUCUGGGUGACGGUAAAUCCGAUAACCAAAACCAUGCUUUGAUUUUCUACAGAGGUGAAUACAUCCAGUUGAUUGAUGCUAACCAGGAUAACUAUUUGGAAGAAUGUCUGAAGGUCAGAUCUGUUUUGGCUGAAUUUGAAGAACUGAACGUCGAACAGGUUAACCCUUACGCUCCGGAAUUGAAAUACGAAGAACAAACCACAAACCAUCCAGUUGCCAUUGUUGGUGCCAGAGAAUAUAUUUUCUCUGAAAACUCGGGUGUGCUUGGUGAUAUUGCCGCUGGUAAAGAACAAACUUUUGGAACUUUGUUUGCUCGUACUCUAUCUCAAAUUGGUGGUAAAUUACAUUACGGUCAUCCGGAUUUCAUCAACGCUGCGUUUAUGACCACCAGAGGUGGUGUGUCAAAGGCUCAAAAGGGUUUGCAUUUGAACGAAGAUAUUUAUGCCGGUAUGACUGCUUUAUUGCGUGGUGGUCGUAUUAAGCACGUUGAAUAUUAUCAGUGUGGUAAAGGUAGAGAUUUAGGUUUUGGUACUAUUUUGAAUUUCACGACGAAGAUUGGUGCCGGUAUGGGUGAACAGAUGUUGUCCCGUGAGUACUACUAUUUGGGUACGCAGUUGCCUAUUGACCGUUUCUUGACAUUCUACUAUGCUCAUCCAGGUUUCCAUUUGAAUAACUUCUUCAUUCAAAUGUCUCUGCAACUGUUCAUGUUGACUCUGGUUAAUUUGCAUGCUUUGGCUCACGAGUCUAUUAUUUGUAUUUAUGACAAAAACAAGCCAAAAACGGAUAUUCUUUACCCAAUUGGCUGCUACAAUCUGUCUCCGGCUAUUGAUUGGGUUAGACGUUACACGCUGUCUAUUUUCAUUGUUUUCUGGAUUGCCUUCAUUCCUAUUGUUAUCCAAGAACUGAUUGAAAGAGGUGUUUGGAAGGCCACUCAAAGAUUCUUCCGUCAUAUUUGUUCAUUGUCUCCGAUGUUUGAAGUGUUCGCGGGUCAAAUCUACUCUGCAGCUCUGAUCAGUGAUUUAACCACCGGUGGUGCUCGUUAUAUUUCGACAGGUCGUGGUUUUGCGACUUCGCGUAUUCCGUUCUCGAUUCUAUACUCCAGGUUUGCAGGUUCCGCAAUUUAUAUGGGAUCUAGGUCUAUGCUGAUGUUACUGUUCGGUACAGUGUCUCAUUGGCAAGCUGCAUUGUUGUGGUUCUGGGCCUCGUUGUCUGCUCUGAUGUUUUCGCCGUUUAUCUUUAACCCGCAUCAAUUUUCGUGGGAAGAUUUCUUCUUGGACUACAGAGAUUUCAUCAGAUGGCUUUCCAGAGGUAACAGCAAGUACCACAGAAACUCCUGGAUUGGUUACGUCAGAAUGUCUAGGUCUCGUGUUACUGGUUUCAAACGUAAGUUACUAGGUGAUGAUUCCGAAAAGGCUGCUGGUGAUGCUGCCAGAGCUGGCAGAAUGAACUUGAUUAUGGCUGAAAUUUUCCCGUGUGCAGUCUAUGCUGGUGGUUGUUUUAUUGCCUUCACCUUCAUCAAUGCUCAGACUGGUGUUAGAAACGGCCCUGACGACACUGUGAAUUCCGUCCUAAGAGUUAUUAUUUGUACAUUGGGUCCAAUUGCCAUCAACCUCGGUAUUCUGUUCUUCUGUAUGGGUAUGUCGUGUUGUUCUGGUCCAUUGUUUGGUAUGUGCUGUAAGAAGACUGGUGCUGUUAUGGCCGGUUUUGCUCACGGUGUUGCUGUUGUUAUCCAUAUCUGUUUCUUCAUCGUUAUGUGGGUUUUGGAAGGUUUCAGCUUUGUAAAAAUGCUGUUAGGUGUUAUUACCUGUAUUCAGUGUCAAAGAUUUGUCUUCCAGUGUAUGUCUGUGUUGAUGUUGACUCGUGAAUUCAAGAACGACAGUGCCAAUACUGCCUUCUGGACUGGUAAAUGGUAUGGUAAGGGCUUAGGCUGGGCUGCAUGGACACAACCAUCUAGAGAACUUACUGCCAAGGUUAUUGAAUUGUCCGAAUUUGCUGCUGACUUCGUCCUGGGCCACAUCAUUUUGAUUUGUCACUUGCCAUUCCUGCUUAUUCCACAAAUUGAUAGAUUCCAUUCGGUUAUGUUGUUCUGGUUGAAACCAUCUCGUCAAAUCCGUCCUCCUAUCUACUCGCUAAAGCAAGCGCGUUUGCGUAAGAGAAUGGUAAAGAAAUACGCCUCGUUAUACUUUUUGGUGUUGAUCAUUUUUGCCGCUUGUAUUGUUGGACCAGCAGUUGCAUCCUCGCAUGUCCACGAUAUUGGUAAGGGUUUGACUGGUGUUGCUCACAACCUGUUCCAGCCAAGAAACUUGAGUAACAAUGACACUGGUUUGUCCAUGUCUACAUACUUGAGUCACUAUUACACGCAUACUAUCUCAUUGAAGACGUGGUCUACAAUCAAAUAA